AUGACUGUUGUAAUGCAAGGGCGGAGCAGCGUGGUCAGAACACCAGUUGCGCCACGUGGCUGGACGGUAUCCGUAGAGAGUGUCGCCGCCUGCUGUACAUACUCAGGACUUUGUAGGGAUGCGUUGGGGCGUGGCAUGUGGGGGGACGGGACAAGAGACGGGGGAAGAACGGAUGUGAGAGCGACUGAUGCGUGGAGGAAAGAAGGAACCAAGAGACAGGAGACUCUAUCGGUUAGCUGGAAACACGGUCGGGCGCGGAUGUGUGUCCGGAAGGUGGCGUUUUACCGUACUAAUGGGGCCGCGGUUGGACGUGAUAAAUUGUUACACAAAGCAACGAGCGCGCAACGGACUGCGGCGGUGCGCGGUACCGUGCAGCUUUCUCAUGCGUGGUAG